AAAGCAAAGCACUCAUCUCUCUCUAUCUGUGUGUGUAUAAAUUAAGGAAAUAGUUAGCAUAAUCCAAUUUGAAACUUCUCUUUACUUAAUCACAUACAUCAGCACCUCUCUUUCCUCUCCUCACCUCUGUCUGUCCUGUCCCUUUGUCUCUCUCUCUCUCUCUACUUCUCAAUGCAUAAAAGGAAGGACCAGUUUCACCAUCAUCACCACUUCGAUCUCUUUCUUUAGGAGCAACACAUUCACUUUCAAGAAACUCAGAUAAAAAUGCAAUCUUUCUUGCCGCUCUUGAUCUUAUCAUUAUCGUUUCUUCUUGUGUCUGUAUCUUUUGUCUACUCUGCUACUUUUCUUUCUCUUGAAAGGGCUCUUCCUUUGAACCAAUCUUUCGAGCUUGCCCAACUCAGGGCUCGUGACCAUCUCAGGCAUGCCCGCCUUUUGCAAGGUUUUGUUGGUGGUGUUGUUGACUUCUCAGUUCAAGGCAGUUCUGAUCCUUAUCUCGUUGGGGUCAAUGGAUCUUCACCGCCCUUACUCUAUUUCACUAGAGUGAAACUGGGCACUCCUCCAAGAGAAUUCAAUGUGCAGAUUGAUACAGGAAGCGAUGUCUUGUGGGUUACUUGUAGUUCCUGCAGUAAUUGCCCGCAAACCAGUGGCCUUGGAAUUCAGCUCAAUUACUUUGAUACCACCAGCUCAUCAACUGCUAGGCUAGUCCCAUGUUCACACCCUAUUUGUACUUCGCAAAUUCAAACCACAGCAACUCAAUGCCCCCCUCAGAGUAACCAGUGCAGUUAUGCAUUCCAAUAUGGAGAUGGAAGUGGGACAUCGGGUUAUUACGUGUCUGAUACAUUUUAUUUUGAUGCUGUUUUGGGGGAGUCCUUGAUUGCUAACUCUUCAGCUGCUAUUGUCUUUGGAUGCAGUACCUACCAGUCUGGGGACUUGACUAAGACAGAUAAGGCAGUUGAUGGGAUAUUUGGAUUUGGCCAAGGUGAACUCUCUGUCAUAUCACAGUUGUCGUCCCAUGGGAUUACUCCUCGAGUGUUUUCUCAUUGCUUGAAAGGAGAGGACAGUGGCGGUGGCAUAUUGGUUCUUGGUGAGAUCUUGGAGCCAGGAAUAGUUUAUAGUCCCCUUGUGCCAUCACAGCCUCAUUAUAAUUUGGAUUUGCAGAGCAUUGCUGUCAGUGGACAAUUGUUACCAAUUGAUCCAGCAGCAUUUGCAACAUCAAGUAAUCGGGGAACUAUUAUUGACACUGGAACAACCUUGGCAUACCUUGUUGAAGAAGCUUAUGAUCCUUUUGUCAGUGCUAUAACUGCUGCAGUCUCACAAUUAGCGACUCCUACAAUAAAUAAAGGAAACCAAUGUUAUCUUGUCUCUAAUAGUGUAUCUGAGGUAUUUCCUCCAGUUAGUUUUAACUUUGCUGGUGGUGCUACUAUGUUGUUAAAACCAGAAGAGUACCUCAUGUAUCUUACUAACUACGCUGGUGCUGCAUUAUGGUGCAUCGGUUUUCAGAAGAUUCAAGGAGGAAUAACGAUUUUGGGAGAUCUUGUUCUAAAAGAUAAAAUUUUUGUUUAUGAUCUGGCUCAUCAACGAAUUGGAUGGGCCAACUAUGAUUGCUCGUCAUCUGUGAAUGUCUCUGUAACUUCGAGCAAGGACUUCAUCAAUGCAGGACAGCUGAGUGUCAGCAGCUCAUCAAAAGACAAUCUCUUGAAGCUGCUUCCUCUGAGCAGUGUGGCUCUCCUAAUGCACAUAUUAUUAGCAUUGGUGAAUUUCCAAUUUUUGUAACUUAAACCUCAGGUUUGUUAGUUUAAUUCUUUGCCCUGUCGGAAUUGGCUUAGCCAGCUUUUAUUUAUAGUGGCCGGCGAGGCGUGUGCUGUUAAUUGGAUUAGAGUGGUAGCUGUUUCUCUGUUAUAUAAUUCUUCUCUAGUUCAGAUUGCUAGGGGAUUGGGGCAUCUUCUAUUCUUCAACUGCGAAGUUUCAACAUUUUUCUUGUAAAGGGUCCUUCAUCUGGAGUACUGCUGGAAAUUGUAAAUUACCUUUAUAUCGGGUUGGGUGUUGUAUCAUUAUACUGUUGUUAUUUAGAAGACAUUUUCUGCCGGGAGAAAACAAGUCUUCUGUGGUGACAACUUUUGGGAUAGCUAGAGAUAGAUACAGAAGGGAUGGCGUAGAAGCUCUGGUCAAUAUAUUCUUGUUACUGUGUCAGAUUACAAUGACAAAAGUGUUCAUAUAUGUGAGCUUUUGGUUCUGGUUUUGAUGAUUGUAAUUCCAUAUUUCUGUGCUAAUGAAAUGCAACAAAGGUUUGCCAUUGUCUCA